AUGAAAUAUGCACAGGUCUUCGACUUGCCGCGAGGCAUGAUCGAAGCACGGUCUCUGGAGGUGAAGUGCGCAGGUUCCCCCGUGCAUGUGUGUGAAGCGUGUCCACGUGGCGCUGCGAAACGUGGACGCUCCUGCAAACCGACGCGCGGGCCUCCGGCAUGCGUCCCGGGAGUAAGUAACAAGGAGACAACGGUCGGGUGGUCUGGCAGGGUCUACUUAGAGCGCAGCCACCGUACCAACUUGGAAGACGAGUCACUGAGAGGUAGAGAAAAAGUUGCAACCACAAGCGUGUGUAACAGCAGCGGAUCAAUAUCGAUCCAAGAGGAAGGCAAGCGCAUCCGGAAAAGCGCACUCCGUGGCGCAUCAUGGGAACGCGUGGGUGCUUAG